AUGUUAGAUGGAAAUCCUUCAAGUGAAAAUUCAAGACCAUUUCUGAUUACUUCACGAUUAAGUUACUUUCCAUCAAUAACAUCGAAUAUUAUUUCUCCUGAACAAACGAAUAAUUUUUAUGAUAAUUAUAUUUCACUUGAAGAAACAAUUUACAGUCGAACAGAUUGGUAUUGCAAUCGAGGAAUUGUUAUUUUCUAUAAAUCAAAUAAAACAAAAAAAUGUCUUUGUCCACCAAGUUAUUUUGGUUCACGAUGUCAAUGGCAAAAUCAACGUAUAAGUUUAACAUUACAAUUUAUCUAUCAUUCUUCAACAUAUUUAAUAUCUAUAUUUCAAAUUCUUAUUACAAUUAUUGAUCAACAAAGAGAAAUUUCGUCUUAUCAUGAACAAAUAACAUAUGUACCUAAACGAGAUUGUAAUACAAAAUUUAAUCUUUAUUUACUUUAUCCAGAUCAACCAAAAAAUUCUUCAUCAAAUUAUUCAAUUCAUAUAGAUAUUUGUAAUAAAACAGAUUUAACAUAUUGGGGAAGUUGGCAUUUAUCUAUACCAUUUCAAUUUUUACCUGUUAAUCGAAUAGCUACUCAAUUAUUUCUUUCAUCUAAUGAACAACCAACAAUUUGUCCAUUAUCUUGUGGUAUUCAUGGAACAUGUAUUGCAUAUAUUAAUAAAAAUUCGUCAUAUUUUUGUAAAUGUAAUCAAGGUUAUUCGGGUAUUUAUUGUCAAAAGGAACAUAAUUGUUCUUGUUCAUCUGAUUCAUUAUGUAUAACAUCAUCUAUAUGUAUUUGUCCAAUAAAUAAAUUUGGUUCAAAAUGUUAUUUAAAACAUUCAUUUUGUCAAUCAUGUGAAAAUAAUGGAUUAUGUAUACCGAAUGAUAAUCGUUUUCAUUUAACAAAUAAUUUUACAUGUUUAUGUCAAGAAGAAUUUUAUGGAAUACGAUGUGAAAAUACUAAAAAUCAAAUUGAUAUUGAAUUUAAUGAAGAAAUAAUAAAGAAAAUAUCAUUGAUAUUUGUACACUAUAUAACAGCAUUUCAAAAUGCUAAACAUCAACAUACAACAACAUUAAAAAAAAUUAUCUAUGGACAAAAUACAAUAAAACUUUUUAUAACACAACCAUUUCAUAUUAUUCUUAUUGAAAUUUCGAAACAAAAUUAUUAUUUAGCUGUAUUACGAGAAAGAUUUAUUCAAUCUGAAAAUAUUAAAACAAAAAUGUUAUCAAAUCAAAAAUGUUUUCAUAUAAAUGAAUUAUUAAAUAAAACAUUACAAUUGUAUCCUUUAUAUAAUCGUAUUAAAUAUUAUCCGAUGAUAUGUCGACAAUAUAAAAAUUUAAUGUGUUUUUAUGAUGAAUUUUAUAUGUGUAUAUGUGAUUUCGAUCGUUUUUCAAAUUGUUUUUUAUUUAAUCAAACAAGAAUAUAUAAUUGUCAAAAUGAUGAACAAUUUUUUCAAGAUAAUAUAACAUGUCCAACUGUUAUUAUGCAAUUAAAUGUCAAUUUUCAACAAAACGAUUUUUUUAUCACUUGA